GGGGGAGGUGGUCUCUGCUCCCCAAUAUCCCAUGUGACGCUCCUCAGUAGUUCCCAGGCGGUCACAUCCAAGAGCCGGAGACUAUGGAUCAGAAGGUCGGGUUGUUCGUUCUUCUGGCAGCGGGCCUCCUCUGCCUCAGUUUGGCCCCUGUCUCUCGGGCCGAGGAGGACCUGAUUGAGGACGGUCUGGGUGACGACAUGGACGUGGAGGACGAGCUGGAUCUGGGUUUGGCCGGAGCUGAUGAUGAGGAGGAGGAGCUGGAGGGGGACAUGCAGGAUGAGGCUCCACCUGAGCCUAAAACUCCUCCCACACCAAAGGUGACCUACAAGGCUCCAGAGCCGAUGGGGGAACACUUCAUCGCUGAGUCUUUCGACCGGGGGACACUGGACGGGUGGGUGCUCUCCAGCGCCAAGAAGGAAGACGCAGAUGAGGACAUCGCAAAGUAUGAUGGUAAAUGGGCGGUGGAGGAGAUGAAGGACAGCAAGCUGCCCGGUGAUAAAGGUCUGGUCCUGAAGUCCCGAGCCAAACAUCACGCCAUCUCAGCCCAGCUGCUGCGACCUUUCACCUUCGACAACAAGCCCCUCAUCGUCCAGUACGAGGUGAACUUCCAGGCGGGAAUCGACUGUGGCGGCGCCUACGUCAAGCUGCUGACUCAGACUCCGGAGCUCGACCUGCACCAGUUUGUGGACAAGACUCCGUACACCAUCAUGUUUGGACCUGACAAGUGUGGAGAAGAUUACAAACUGCACUUCAUCUUCAGACACCAAAACCCCAAAACUGGAGAGUACGAAGAGAAACACGCCAAGAAACCCGACGCCGACCUGAGGACGUACUACACCGACAAGAAAACUCACCUCUACACACUGGUGGUGAACCCUGACAACACCUUCGAGGUGCUGGUGGAUCAGACGGUGGUGAACAGCGGCAGCCUGCUGACAGACAUGACCCCUCCUGUGAACCCCCCCGCUGAGAUUGAGGACCCCGACGACCAGAAACCAGAGGACUGGGACGAGAGGCCCAAGAUCCAGGACCCCACCGCUACCAAACCUGAGGACUGGGACGAAGACGCUCCCGCUCAGAUCGCAGAUGAAGAUGCAGUGAAACCAGACGGCUGGCUGGACGACGAGCCGGAGUACAUCGGAGACCCCGACGCCGUCAAACCUGAAGACUGGGACGAGGACAUGGAUGGCGAAUGGGAGGCUCCUCAGAUCCCUAACCCCGCCUGUGAGACCGCCCCCGGCUGCGGCGCCUGGAAACGACCAAUGAUCGACAACCCCAACUACAAGGGCAAGUGGAAGCCGCCUAUGAUUGACAACCCCAACUACCAGGGCGUGUGGAAGCCGAGGAAGAUCUCCAACCCGGCGUUCUUCGAGGACCUGCAGCCAUUCAGAAUGAGUCCGUUCAACGCCGUGGGACUUGAGCUCUGGUCCAUGACCUCCGACAUCUUCUUCGACAACUUCUUCAUCACCAACGACCGCAACACUGCCGAUCGCUGGGCUGCUGACGGCUGGGGGCUGAAGAAGGCUGCAGAGGGCGCCGCUGAGCCUGGUCUGGCAACUCAGAUGAUGAACGCAGCAGAGGAGCGUCCAUGGCUCUGGAUCGUCUACGUCCUCACUGUGGCUUUACCACUCGUCCUCAUCAUUGUAUUCUGCUGCACUGGCAAGAAGAAGAGCACACCGACACCAGCAGCAGAGUACAAGAAGACAGAUGAAGCUCAGCCCGACGUGAAGGAAGAGGAAGAGGAGGAGGAGGAAGAGGAGGAGGAGAAGGCUGAAGAGGCAGAGAAGAGCAGUCCAGCUGCAGAAGAGAAGAGUGACGAAGAGGAAAAUCCUGCAGAGAAAGAGGAAGAGGAAGCAGCAGCAGCAGCGGAGGAGGAGGAGGAGGAGGAGGAGGAAGAGAAGGAGGGGACAGCUGAAGAGAAGUCUGAGGACGACAUUCUGCGGAGAUCUCCCAGGAACAGGAGGGUCAGAAAGGACUGAUAUCUCUGAAUCCACAGCCCUGACCUCAAAACCUCCUCCCAUCUCCCCCUCCCCUAAAAUAUCUCCCCCAUCUCUUCUCCUCUUCUUCUUCUACUCCUCUGCUCCGAGGCUUUGAAGCCUAAAAUGGAACCCGUGAAAGCAGCGAAGCCAACAGGAACGUAAUCAAGACCUCCGAUAUGGACGCCUGCUCAUGAUGACAAUGAUGAUGAUUCCAGUAUGAACAGAACUGAGUUAGCGUGAUUUAAAGGAUUUUUUGUUUCUGAAAGAGAUUAACUGAGAUCAACUGCAACUUCCUGCAUCAUUCCUUAACAACACCUGAGCAGACCCAAACCCACAGGACCGUCCUGUCUGCCGCACCGCCGCCGCCACCCGCUCACCGCUCAGCACCACUCUGAGCUACUAAGCCCCGCCCUACCAGCAGCAUGCUAAAUUAGCUCUCAGCUCCUGACAGAUGCACCCACAAGUUAGCCCACAAUCAUGAAUAAACCAUCUUCCUGCUUGUGCUACUAAAAGCAUGCUAAUUAGCCCAGCGAUAGCUGAUUGGGCUACCAGCCACGUCUUGCUAAUGAGCUCACCUACAGGCUGCUAAUUAGCUCUCAGCUACCUGCUAACAAGUCUCUUGACAGAUGGAAAUUUGGCUUUCAACACCCACUUGUUAGCCCAGAAACUGAGGUAGCCUACCAUGAUCCUGCUUUGGGCUGCUAACAGACUGCUAAUUAGCUUAAUAAUUAAGAUACAAACAGUUAGGAUUACUCUGCAGAUAGUCAGGGAAUUAACCCACCAAACAUCUUGUUAAAUAGCCCACCGACUUGUUGCUAUUUAGCCAACUAUCAGGCUGCUAAUUAGGCUAACAAUCCAAUAUACAAUUGGAUAAUUCACCAACCACAAGCCUGCUAAUUAGCUCACUCUUAGGCUGCUGAUUAGGCUAACAGUAGUCAGAGUUAUCCUACAGUCAGAAUUUACCAACCAAAAAUCUUGCCAAAUAGCCUACCAACAGUCUGCUAAUUAGCUCACAAUCGGGCUGCUAAUUGGGCUAACAGUAGUCCGAAUUAUCCAACGCACAGUUGGAGAAUUCACCAACCAGAAGCAUACUGUAAUCCCAAGUAAUUAGCGUCAACGUUAGUUGCUAACAAGCUCACAAAUAAUUUAAUCUACUUACCAACAAUUAGCUAAUUAGCUUGCUGAGAAGCUAAUUCACCUACUAACAGUUGGCUCAUUAGCCUUCCCAGAUUUUAUAAAUUAGCUAGCGUCCUAAAUCCUAAAGUGAAAUUCACUAUGCUAAUAUUUAAAAAGGAAAAUGACACAUAUUGUUUCUUUUUUUUAUGUCUUGUUUUCUUGUCAUUUGUUUUGUUGUGAAGCUGUUGGCUCCACACAUGGCGCUCAUGUUUCCUCAGUAUUUCUGCUGUGUGUUAUUGUCCUGAUGGCGGCAGGGUGGAAGGUCAGAGGUCAAAUAUGUUGGAGAGAACGUGAUAGAGCCGGAUUCAACUGUACGGCCCCGUAUCCACCAAACUUUUUUGUACCUACUUGAAAACACUAAGCGCUCUUCGGGAAACGCCCAGCUGGGAGCGUCUGAGAGCGCUUUGGAGGCGUAGCGUGUUUUUUUUUGUUUUUUUUCAGUGGAGAUAAUUUACUUUCGUCUGGUUGCUAUGACACGGAAUAUCCGCGGAAACCUGCUGGUCUGGAAGGUUCAUGAGAGGAAAUCUAUAUUAAUAUGUGUACUGUACGUUAUCAUAUUUGUCCCCCAUUAUUGAUGUUGUUCAGCGAUGUGAUGGUUUGUAUUCACGGUAUUCGUCAGUUCUCCACUGUGAUUAAACGGAUGAAGUGACGGUGACGAGCGCAGCGUUUUUACCUAAAGUUCAACAACCAACUGACGUCUGGUCAUGGCGCUGCCGUUUGUAGCUCUGUGUAAAUACGUGGUGCUCCCGUUGCAAAGAAUUUAAAAAAAAAAACAAAACGCUGGCCCCGGGGGAAAAAAGCAUUGGUGGACACGGCCCCUAAAUGUCAGUUACAGAUGAGUGACAGGUGUGUGAUACCUGGCACUGAGGUGGAACUCGUCGGACCGGUUUUGGCAGCAGGUACUGACCACCCCUCGGCUUGUUAAAGACAUAUUAAAACCUCAUAUCUUCAGUUGUCGUUUUGGUGACGUUUAUGAAACAGGAUACUUUGGAGAUAGGAGGUCUUCACCCUCUUUAGUCCAUUAGCAUUAUAGAUUUUUCCCGUUCGAACAAACAUGACAGCAGCUCGUUUAGCUCUCUCUGUCUGAGGUUGGACUCUCACGGAUUCAAGACAAGGAUCUGAGAUUGUUUUUUUUCCCCCGAAUCACAUCUCAGCUUCUGAUUGACAUUAUUUAAUAAGGAAACUCCCUGAACGUUCAGGUGUUUUCCUCUUUCUUUACCUUCUCUUGUUUCUGCUGGUACUGUUGCAUUUCAACCUUCAGGGGAUUGAAAUUAUUGGUGAUUACCUCUUUUUUUUUUUUUUUUUUUUUAUGCAUGGUGGUUUUGACUGCACCUGUGCGUUAACCUGGGUUGGAAGUGUACGCCUUUGUUCACGUCCAAACUCACCUCUCGUUGCUUUUGUAAAAAUAAAUCCUCAGAAACAGUUUGACGUCACAGAGCAGGAUGAAGCUCUUGUGUUAAAAGUUCCUUCGGUCUGAAAAUGAGCUGCUGUCGUCUUUUGUUUGGACUUUAAACUCGUCACGUCAGCAGGUGGACAGACACCCAGUCCCUCUUUCAUCGACCCCAUAUGAAAAGAAAAAGGCACUAAGGGAAAAACUCAGGCGCUUAACCCUCCCACCUGUCCACCUGCGGCACCGCAACACCUCUGCCAAUCACAGACGCUCUCCUACAUGAACCCGUGUCGGAGUUUAGCCCCAUGUUUAAAAAGAGACGGCACUUGAGCGUCACAAAGUUCCCUCUUGACUUAAGGGAACGUUUGACAAAAUAACCUGAACUCAAGGUUCACUUAUUGCUUUUCUCCAGAGCUUUUAACUGCAUAUUGUGGUCUUCAUCGAGGGAUGGAGUUUGCCGAAAGAUCACUUGUGACAGAAGUUUCACACUCUGCAAACUUAAUCCCCUGAUGAAGCGCAAGAGAUGAAGUUGAAAGCUUGUAAGUGAAUCUUGAGUCAAGACAAAACUGAAACUCAAAGUUUAAAAUAUUUUCAACAUGUCAAACACAUUUUUUAAUUCAUGGCUGUCCUUUAUUCUUCUAUAGUUACCUGUUAGCAUCUUUAAUUUGUUGUGCGUCAUUUAUGUGCAUAUGACAUGUAAUGAAGUCAAUCAUGGACGUUUUUGAAGAGGAAAUAAUCCACCAGGUGUCGCCAAAAUCAAACCAGACCUGAAAUGGUAAUUGAUUACAUCUGCUGCCGGCCGCCUGACGACCACCAAAAAACGGGCAAAUGGCCUGAAAGUGUUCACAGAGUUACAGCAAAAUAUCUGUGUGUAGUUGGUGACCCCCUGACCUUCACUCUAACGCCACCAUCAGGACAGUUCCUCUCCACAAGUGGUAAAAACUCUCCAACGAAUUUUGUGAUCAUGAAAUAAUCUAUGAACUUGACAUGCAAAGAUUCUAAAUUAUGUUUUUUUACUCAUUCUGAAAUCAUGGAAGGAUUAUAAAUACAGAAGGUAGAUCAUGAACUGUAAAGAGGCUUUACGACAAUGUGACUGAGUGAGCAUCAUUCUGUGGCGUCAGUGUACAGUUAAAAAAACCUGAAAUAAAACUGGUUUUGUGAAUCUUGACAAUGUGUGGAAACGGAAAAAUAACUCCAUUAGUCCAGUCUUAUAUCCAUGACGUGACUGUUGAUGUGUCCUCUCUGUAUGAUACUUCAUUUUUCAGGACUACACACUAAAAGGGUCUGUCGAUGUCGUUCAGGUCAGGAGUCAGUGAUGAUCGAGCUGUGUAGUGAUUGGCUGAUGGGCUUUGACAGGCUAGUAAAUGGUGGGCAGAAGGGAAGAGAAGCCAGAACUGAUGAGUUUUAAGAUUCUCUGGCUGUCGGUGAGGUCAGAUUUUGGGGAUGGAGGUCCCCGCUUCCAUAACCUUCCCUCCUUUUUUUUUUUUUUUUUUUUAGGGUAAAUGCGAGCUAGUUAUGUUUCGGCUGUAAGCUCUGCUGCUUGUAGUCUUUAUUUUUUCCAAAAAGUAUCAGAAUACGAUGCUUCCUUCUGACGUCUGGGCGUUAGGACGAAUCGCCUCCAGCGGCAGCAGCAGCAGCAGCAGCAUUUCAUUCCCAUCCAGAAUGUACGUCUCAGCCUUCAUCGUCUCCCUCCUGUAUUUUAUUUUUUUGUUAGUCUUAGAUUAUUUUUGUGUCCGGCUGAAGCUGCCUAGCUUAACAGACUGUAGACUGAACACUGUAUCUGCUGGUGAAACUUUACUCUGUAACUCUGUACUUUUUACUUUUGUUGACAUUGUGUUUUGAACUAAACUUUAAUGGUUGGCCCAGCCUGUUUCUGAUGUACACACUAUGUAGAGAGACGGACCUGCUGACACGCCACACGAAAGGUCCAGCUUUGAAUAGAAAUACUGUGAUGAUGGAGCCUGGUGUGUGUGUGUGCGUGUGUGUGUGUGUGUAUGGACAUGCAGUCAACAUUUGUUUUGAUGAAUAAAAAGGCCAAAUGGAAACUGAACAA